GUUUUUCAAAGUUAAGAGGACACUUUGAAAACAACGAAAAGAUCACGAGGAAAUUAAUAAUGCAAGAGAGACAGGUAGAUAUAUAUCUGUAAGAAGCAUAAGUUGUAGGCCGCUACUUUUUGCUCAUGACGUCCAUGAUUAUUUAGGUUCGCGUCCAGCAUUCUCCAGUACUUACUGAGCAAGUUCUAGAAAAUUACUGAUCUCAAGCUUGAAUCUACGUAGUGUUCACAAAAUGGCGCAUCAUGAAAACCAACCAAAAUGGAAAGGAAAGGCUAAUGCAAAGGUAGAGGGUCCCAAGGCAGAACAAGUGUGGCCUCUCUUGGAGGACUUCUUUGGGCUUAAUAAAUGGUUCCCAACUCUGAGCACAUGCCUUCCUGUUGAAGGCAUCUCCGGCCAACCUGGCUGCGUGCGUUACUGUGCUGGCUUCAAAACCCCUGUUAAUAAUGGGGAAGAAAUAGUGAAUUGGACUAAGCAGAAGCUGCUUUCCAUUGACAAAACUGAACUGACUUUUAGCUAUUCCAUUAUUGAUGGAAACGUUGGGUUCAACUCCUACGUAUCGACAAUAAAAGUGGUGCCCAACGAAGAUGGGUGUAAUGUUGAGUGGUUGUAUGAGGUUGAACCAGUGGAAGGCUGGACACAGGAGGAUUUGAAAACUUUUAUCACCUCAGGCUUGCUGGUGAUGGCUAAGAGAAUGGAAGAAGCUCUCCAAGCAGCUCAAACCUCGGCCUCCUGAUCAGUAAGCGAUGAAUCAUGAAUCGUUGGUACUGUCGUAGCUAGUACGUGCCUUAAUUAAUUACUGUACUUCUUAAUGUUGGUUUUACUUUACUGUUUGUCCUUUUCGUCGCUGCUUGUAUGCACCAUCGUGAUUCGAAAAUUAAAUAAGAUCAGUAAUGAUAUAAUCAGAAGAAGUACAACAUUAUUCACAAAAUUAAAUUGUUGAGUUACUAAUUAAUUUGUACGACUUUGAUCUUGUAAUAAAAUUUCUACUAAUUUUGUAAUACCA